AGUUGAAUCGUUUUUACACUUUUGAUCGCGAAUGUUACAAAGUCCUCUCUGUUUUGUAAGAGCAUUCGACGAUUCGCUUCGAAAUAUUUUUUUCUUUUCUUUUUCUUUUUUUUUUUUUGCAUCCUCUUCUCUAUGUAAACUGGCAACGUAAGCGUUCGUGCCAAUGCCAUUGAGAGUCUCGGAUUAGUGUUGAGGCUGCGCCAGUAUACGUCAGCGAAACAUAAUGCGCUACGCUCGACGAUUUUACAUUUUGAAUGAUGGCAUUUGAAUAAUGCCGAAACUCAUUUGUGAAACGAUUAUCGUGAGAACGAUAGCAAACUUUAUUAUUCCGAACCACGUCAUUCCAAUAUCCGGCCAAAUGUAACGAUUUAUAUGAUUCUAAGGCAUAAGGAUGUCAAAGCGACUCAGCUUCUAUGGUCUGGUUGGCCUGGCGUCCCUCUGCAUCUUCUUCCUUGCAUUUAACCAGCGCUACAGCAGCUAUCUCGAGCAUCGACUACAGCCGGUAUUAUCGGUCAGUAAUUAUUCGGAGGUGGGGAUUGCUCUUAAUCGAGUCACGCCAAACACACUCUUAUGGACGGACGUUGAAAUAAGGCCACGGAUCGUCAAAAUCCAAGAAUCUGUAACGACAUACAUCAAGGGUUCGAACAACAAUGCCACGGUCAUCGAAAUACAAGAAGUCUUAGAUCAACAAAGAAGAGUCAUAGAAAGGGAGAUGCAAAAUUACGAGUAUCCAAAUGGAAAAUAUGAUCUCAAUAUCAGUGAUUUGAACGACUUAGUUAUGGAGAAAGGUGGUACUCCAAUGAGAAGUAUAAUUUUGACAAGUUGGCGAAGCGGUAGCACAUUCCUUGGUGACGUUAUAAAUGCACAUCCAGCAAAUUUCUAUCACUACGAGCCAUUGCUUGAUUUUGGAAUCGUCCAAAUCAGAGGUCCACCGCUUGCGGAGGAAGCACUUCAAAAUAUUGAAUCCUUGUUAAACUGCAAUUUUCACAAUCUUGAUAGAUAUCUGGAAUAUGGAAAAACUCAUCCAUGGGUCUUCAAUCACAAUACACAUUUAUGGCGUCAAUGUCAAGUACAUAAAAAAAUAUGUUGGGACUCGCAUUUCGUUUCAAAAUUUUGUCAAUUAUUUCCAUUUCAAUCGAUGAAACUCGUUCGUCUAAGAUUACGCGCGGCGGAGGAUCUUUUAGCUAAAAAGCGUUUAGGGAUAAGAUUGGUAUUGUUAGUACGUGAUCCACGAGGAAUUUUACAAUCAAGAAAGCAUAGAGAAUGGUGUCCUACUAGUCCCGAUUGUUCAGAUCCAGCUUUGGUCUGUGCUGAUAUGGUUUCAGAUUUCAGUGCUGCAGUACGUUUGAUAAAAAAAUAUCCACAUUCGUUCAGGGUGGUGCGAUAUGAAGAUCUCUCGGUAGAGCCGUACAAAUAUGUGAAGGAACUUUAUACGUUUUAUGGUUUGGAUUUCCAUGCUAAUGUAAAAAGAUUUUUAGAUACUCAUACAAAAAGUGACGUUGGUGGUGUAUCGAGUACAUUUCGUAAUUCUAAAGUUGCCCCGUUUCAUUGGAGAACUGAUUUAGAAUUCGAAGAAGUUGAUGAAAUUCAAAGAGUCUGCGGAUCUGCUAUGAGAUUAUGGGGAUACGUAGAAGCGAUUAAUGCUACUCAUCAAAAAGAAUUUGAUCCUCUUACGGAAUAUCAACUACAAUUGUGACAUCUAAUGUAUAGAAUAUUUCCAAUGGAUACGGUGUACAGUACAGUAGUAUAAAAUAUCAAGACUAUAAGAAUUAGUUAUUUUGAUUACGUGCACAUCGAGAUCAUCGAGCAUGGUACACGACUCGUGAAAAUAAUAUUCAUGAUGGAUGGUGUUCCAUAGGGAUAUACUCAGGAAUAUAGUAACAACACACACCUGUGAAUAUUUCGAUAUUCAAGUAUCGUAGUUAGAACAUUUUUUCAAUUCUGGAUAUUUAAUCUGAGAAGACCAAUGGUGAUGCCGUUCCUCGAUAAAAAAAAAAAAGAAAAAUUAAAAGAGAAGACAGAAAAAAAAUUAAUAGUAACAAUAACAAUAACAACAACAACAACAACAACAACAACAACAACAAUAAUAAUAAUAAUAAUAAUAAUAAUAAUGUCUCUUCAAAAAUAUUGUGCAAUGCGAAGAGCAAAAAUAAUUUGUUUGUAGGUUUUAAAAGAUUGAACUUGUUAGAUAUAUGAAUAUACUUAACAAUACAUUUUGACACGAAUACGAACUAUAAUAUCUAUUCAUAUCAGUGCAGAUAUCUCUAGUUAAAUUAUCAAAAUUGUAUGAUCCUCUUUGGAGAGUCGUUUCUUAGAUGACAUGACAAAAAUAUCUAUUAUAACUCGCUUAUAUCAAAUAUUUUAUGAUAAAAGCUGACUUUUUUUUUUUUUUUUUGUAAUGAUUUCUCACGUAGGUCACAAAAGAUAUAUUUACGUAAAGUAUAGCACACGUCUUAUAUCUUCAAAAUGAUUCAUAUUUUUAUUUGAUUGAUUUAAAAAGAAAAAAAAUAUAAUAAUAAUAAUAAUAAUAAUAAUAAUAAUAAUAAUAAUAAACAAACAUUUACAUAUGUGUAUAGUUCAAACUCACGAUAAUACUUUAUUUCAUUUUUCACAAGUAAGUGUUUACUAUUAUUAAAGAGGAAAAAGAAAAAAGCCUAGUUGAGAAAUGCUGUGAAAUAUUAUACACACAUAUGAUAAACCGAUAAUGUAAAUUUUAAAAUAUAUUCGAUUCUGGCAAUUUAGUUGAUAAGACAAUUUUCGAAGUUUUACACAAUAUACAUAUUGUUACAUUUGUAAAUCUAACGAAUUAAUUUAGUCGCUAACUUAUGAAUCUGGUUUAUAAAUUUCGAAUUGACCAAUGACCGUGCUUAUAUAUAUAUAUA